AUGGAAUUUCAUUUAUUCUCAUCCAAUCAAAUUUAUCGAUCGAAUAAUAUUAAUUCUCAAGAUGAUUUUAAAAAUUAUUGGUACGAUCAUCAUCCUCAUCAAUUAAUAUUAUCGUCAACUACCAAUGAUACAUCAUGUACUUGUGAAACAUGUCUUGGUAUUCAAUUAAAUAAUCCUUGGUCAUUGCAAGAUGCAGUAGGAUAUUCAACAUCAGAAUCACAAACGGCAGCACAACUUGAAUUCACGUCUACAAACAAUUUCACGGGAUCUACACCAACUAUGGACCGAGGCGAAUGGCAUCAAACAGAAAUCACUGAAUCAAAGAAACAUGAGAAAUACUACACACCCAAUACAUUAGGAAUACAACAAAACAUUAGACUGACCACCAGUUUCGAAGAUUUAUCGAAUGAGAUUCUCUACGAAAUUUUUGAUUUUCUCGACGGCUACAAUAUAUACGAAACAUUUUCGAAGCUCAAUGCUCGUUUUGAAUGCCUCAUUACAAACUCAUCUCAUCUUCUCAAGUUCAAUUUCUCUAUUGUGUCAAAAACGACUUUUGCACAUCGUUUAGCUCAUAUCGUAAUUCCAAAUACACAUCGGAUCGUUUCACUUUCUUUAUCAAAUCCUUUUAUAAUCGAUUACUUUCUUGAUUUAUGCUCCAUCGAUUUCUCAUUCAUUCGCCUCGAAGCAUUAUCACUUCAUGGCAUUGAGUCGCAGCGACUUGUAUACCUUUUAACUACUUUAACUUCAGCACCUUGUCUUCACUCUCUAUCUCUCACAGUUCUUGAUGCGAUUUCCGAUCUCGAUUGUGUCUAUCGUCUAAUUCUACGUCGAUCUGCGUUGAAAUAUGCAAAGUUAUCUUUCGAACAAGGCGGUCAAAAUUCACUGGCGAUUCGUACCGCGAACGAACAGGAACCAACUAGUAAUAUCGAAUAUCUUAUCAUUGAUAAUUUUGUUGAUGGUGAUGACUUAAUUGCUCUUCUCUCGUAUACACCUAAACUUCGCCGUUUGUCGUGCUUUAAUGAUCUAUUCAUACGUCUCAAACAGCCUAAAUUAUCAUUCGUAUCGCCUAGCUUGACACAUGUCAAUUUGUAUACGACGGAUGAGUUCGACUACUUUGAAACAUUUCUAUUAAAUAUUUGUUUUCAUUUACAAGUGUUACGUGUCUCCCAUCACGGCAUGAUGGAUAUUUUGGACGCAAAUCGAUGGCAACAAAUGAUAGAAAAUUCGAUGUCACACUUGAAGAGGUUUGAACUCCUAAGUGACACGGACCUCGGCGAUGACGAUAGCUAUCAAGAUUAUUACCAUACUUUAAUAGAAAAAUUUACAGCGCCAUUUUGGGUUGAGCGACAAUGGUUUUUUGCGCAUCAACAUUACCGUAAAUUCGGUGUUCGUGCAAUCUUUUAUUCCAUUGGAUCCUUCAGGUGGAAUCACUACGAGCUACGAGAACUUCAGGAUAACGAUAUCUGUCCACGCAAUGAUAAUCACUUGAAUUUGGCUCGUGUGGUCACGAUCGAAGGUAAUCGUGCGGCUGCUCAUUGUUCAAUUAAAUUUCCACGUGCUACCGAAUUAGCUCUGACAUUAUGUGGUGAUGGUGAGCAUCUAUCUUCCAUUGGCGACCUCAGUCGUAUGAUACCUUUGGAGCAGCUCACUCGAAUAGGCUUUUAUUGGGAACAUGUUGGUAUUACUCACCUGCUUGAACUAUUACAUCUCACAUCCAAUGUUCAUUCGUUAUCGCUAUUAUCAGAUCAAUGGUUUGGUGGUAUCGGGAGGAACUUUGUUACAGAACACAAUAUAAUUGGUAACAACAAGAUCAGAAAAGUGUCCGUUGACACCGAAGAUCUUGACCUGACACUGGAAGAAAUUCAACUACUCAUGAGAAUGUGCCCAUGUGUGCAAUAUCUUGACUUAAGAAUUGAAAAAGAACAAUGUGUAUCAAUUGUUGAGUUUCUUCUGUUAAGAAAUGCUGCCAAUAACAAUCAUAUUCCUAUCACGUUGAUGAGCUUCCGACCAGUUUUUUAUGAAAUGGAUCAAGAAGUACGAUCAAUGAUAGAUCGUGAUCAGCGUUUCUGCAACUAUUCCAUCAAAAAUGAUCGCAGAAAAAUGUACUUGUGGUGUUAA